UAAAUAAACAGUGCAAAUAGCCAUCCAAUGAGUUAAUGAAGAUUUAGAAUUUUGAACUGAAAGCAUGAAGUUUGAGAUCGCUGUGUUGUUGAUCUGUUGCUUCCAAUGUGUCCUCUCUGGAUGUUGGUGGUGGCGAUGUGCACACGUUGGCAAGGGUUCGACUGAAAAAGAGAAGAAAACGAAAGCCUCGUUGCCAUGCAACUUUGAACUUUUUGACCAAAACCGAGACGGUGUCAUCAACAUUGAAGAGUUCGCCAUGAAGUCACCGGGAAUGGACAAGACUAAAUUACAGAAAUUAUUUGACACAGUUGACAAAAAUAAGAAUAAACUGAUUUCAUCCACGGAAUACAAAGACGGAUUAAAACAUUUGCAUGACCAAGGCCUACUCGGAUCUUGUCACUAAGACACUUGAAUUUGUCACUGCAAAACUAUGAACGCACCACUUGAGGAAAAUAAAGGAUGGUUGAACUAAAAAGCUUAUCUGUAAUAUGAACGAUGAAAUGCAAUUUGUUAAUAUAAAUGAGUCUACAUGUUUUUAAAAGUCAUGCAUCCAA